AUGAGCCAGUCUCCCGACCUCCAAGAAUGCCUUGCCGAGGCGAAGCAAGCAGCGGCUCUUCGUGCGCAGCAGGCGUCCUCGUCCAUCCCGCCCAUCGCCAUCCCCCUCAGCCUUCUCGUGACUGAGCCGCACCCAGUUCUUGUGGAACUUCAAGCAACUCACGGCGGUGUACCCGUCCCCGUCUCCGCCGCCCACUUCGCCGCGUGCAUCGAGAUGGCUCGCUCAAUCGAACGAGCUUGUCCCAGUACUCAUUCCGCGACAGUGUCACCGACUAAGCCCGACCUCGACUCUCGCGUCAGCCGCGCCUCCCCUCCGCCCCGUCUCACGGGCCCCGUCAGGCGGAUCGUUCCCCUCUCCGAUCCUCCUUCGCAUGCGAAGCGCUUCUCGACUCCCGCGACCCCGAGCAAGGUCAAGCCGGCCGGUUCCACUGCGGAGAAGAUCCCGCCCCCGCCCAAGGAUCCUCGCAAGUCGGCCAAGACUGCCUGCGAGGUCGCCGCCAAGUUCGUGGAGGAGCUAACGUCAGUCCACCCCUCCACGCCUACUCCGAAGCCGGACCAGAUCCAGCAGCUCCAGCAGCGUAACACCGAGCUUGAGGAAGAGUUGCGCGCGCUGCACUCCGACAUGGACCUUGUCGACGACGAGCAGAAGAGUCAGCAGGAACGCCUGAACGAGCUCGAGGACGGCGUGAACGCCGCCCAUGCGAGCAUCGACGAAUUGCAUGGGCGCCUGGACACUCUGCACAUGACACAAAGGUCCUCGUCGAGUGCGCAGAAUCUGGCGGCGCUUGAGGUUAAGAUCGCCUCGCUCGAGGGUAGUCUCGCCGCUCACAAGACGACGUUCGACCAGUUCCAGGCGCAGAUCAGCGGGCAGGUCAGCGCCAGCUGCUGCAGCAUCGAAUCGCUCACGGCCGACGUCACCGACCUGUUCGAAAACGUCUAUGACGCGGAGGGCAACGACUUGGUGGAUGCGUUUGCGAAGUUGAACGGGGACUUCGCGGAGAAGCAGAAGGCAUGGGCCGAGUGGAAGGAAUCCCUCAGUCGCCGCGUCUCGAAGUUGGAGCUGGGUGAGGAGGACGACUGGGUCGAUGCUGAGCUCAAGCAGCCAGUCGACGCCGAGAUCAAGCCCUAG